UCGUCUUCCAAGUCCGCUUCGCACUUCAAAUUCCCGCGCUUCCCCUUCUGCAAUCGGCGGCUUCAUCAGUUCCCUUUCGAAUUCGAAGCUUCAAAAAUGGAACCAUGGGAGGCCCUUGAUCUCGACUACUCCGACGUACACUCCCUACUCCGCCCUUUGAAGCGCCACCGUAGCCCCCAACCACUCUCCGCCGCCCCCACUUCCACUCUCUCCCUGCCGCUUCUUGAAACCUGCUCUCGUUCCCCUUCCCAGCCCCAAUCCCAAUCGUUUAACGAUCUUUUCGAGUCGGAUUUCUCAUCUCAGAAUCCAAUUUGUCGAACCCAGCGGAUUUCCACUGAAUUAGAGUCCCCGUGUCCGUCCGGUGCGUCUUUGCGUAUCAUUCCUGGUCCUGCCGGAGCGGUUCAGGCGGCGAUGCAGCGUAGAACUCGCGGUGAGAAAUCCUUCUAUGUCGGCGAUGAAGAGCCCCUUCCUACUCAGGAGUAUAUAAGAAGAGUUAUCGAAAAUGGUGAUGAUGAGGACGAUGAUUUUAAUGGCAAUCCGUGGGUUUGCGCUUUGGAUUUUGUCCGCGGCCUAGCUGCGAUGGAUGGUAAAGGAGAUUUGACUGAAACUCCAUUGAGUUCUAUCAAGAAUGCCUUCAAUGCUGAGAAAGUUGCUCUGGUCGUAGCCAUUAUCAAAUCUUGUACCUCAAAUAGUCUGGGUGGAAUGAUGGUAGCUUUGAAGGAUCCAACAGGUACAAUAGACGCUAGCAUCCACCAUAGAGUAAUUUCUGAAGGAAAUUUUGGAAAGGACUUAUCUGUUGGGGCAGUUUUAAUAUUGCAGAAGGUUGCUGUGUUUUCUCCGACACGUUCUGUUCAUGUGCUCAAUGUAACAACAAGUAACGUUGUCAAGGUUAUCUCCAAGGACAGUGGACCUCCUAUAAAGCUCAAUAGCCCUACAGCAAUCAUACGGCCUGAUUCUAGAAUUGAAGAAAGCCAUGGAGAAGUACACAUUCCGCAGAUGAAUUUUGACGUGUCACGUGAAAGAACUCAAAAUAUCAUGAAGAAUCUGAGGCAGAAUUCUAAAUUGAGAAUGAAUGGAGUAGGUGAUUUACAAACAGGAAAGGGAAAUGCUGCAUCAUCCAUCAAUUGGAAAGGGAAUGGAACCAAUGGAAACAGACAGUUUGUGGAUCUGAGUACCUCCAAAGGAACUUCAAGUGUGGGUUGUAACACGCUCCUUGUUGAUCAGGAUCAGCAAACAGGGCUGGAUGAGCCUAUCAACCAUCCUAUGGGUACAGAUUCAGGCGAACUCUCACAAGCCAAAGAAAAUGGUGCUGCAUCCAACACUGCUCAAGCCCCUAAUAAUCAAGAAGCUGAAAAAAUCACAAGAACACAAGAACCAUUACUCCCACAAUGGACAGAAGAGCAGUUGGAUGAGCUCUUUGCAUUCGACUGAGUUCCAUGUAAUCCUGAAAGCUUACUCGGGCAUGUUUUCUCAAUGCAAGUUUUUGGAAAGCAUAGAGAAAUCAUUGUUUUGUUCAUCACUGCCCGCAAUCCUUCAAGGACAUGAAUCUUCAAUCUGUUUCUAUGUAGUAAACUAAUAUUUUACAACAGUUUUUCUUGGGGAGAACUAAUUCUAGAGUAUUUCAUCAAAAAGUGAAGAUUAUUUCAUC